AUGCCACGACCAAAAAAAUCUACGCCGCCGCCACGCAGUCCGAAGAAGAAAUUGCUGGACGAUAAGACAUGCUACUCGUGCAAGCGGAAAGACACGCCAUAUUGGAGAGAAGGAUGGAGACCAAGUGUUAUACUUUGUAAUGCGUGCGGAUUGAGAUAUUCUAAGUAUAGGCGGGUCUGUACACUGUGUAAUAAGGUAGGUGUGAAGGCUAAUUUUGAGAAGGUUUCGUGUCCAAAGUGCAAGAGUACGCUAUAA